UGGACCAGCCACACUUGCAUUGGCCGGGAAUCGGACCCGGGUCUCCCGCGCGGGCACCGAGAAUAAUUCAGCUAAACGGCCCUAAACGCUUUCCCAUUCAUUUCCAAUGGUAGUGCUAAACCACUACGGAUGCAAUAUACUUUUGGCCGCUACGCAUUUUGGCGCUAUUGCGCAGUUCUGUUUGGCGGAAAUCUCCAAAAAGUUUUUUCUUGGUGAACUCCAGCGGAGACAGCAGAUUGCCAUCGAUUCUUCAUUCAUUUCAGUUCAAGAUGCACAAGAACAUUGUUUUCUUCCCUGGGAGAAUCCGUGUUGUGUUCCGCAAGGGGCCGCGUGGAUUUCUCCUCCAGGAGCCGUCUGAUGAAGCCAGUCGAAUAAAAAAUAACCCGACUCUUCAGGUGAAGUCUGCGCCCCUGAAAGAGGAGCUUGUGCGGCAGAACGCUCUUGCUGUGGUGCGGCAGAGAGGAGGAGAUGCCUCAGACAGGACGGAGGUGCUGGGAGAGUACAUUCUUCAAUUUGGAAAGUACCAGGGGAAAUCUUUUAGGUGGCUUUUGGAGAAUGAUAUAGGGUACACAAUGUAUCUAAUUCAGAACCUCCAGAAGGAGCAGGCCUCGGGUGUUUUUAUGGCUGAGGGGCAUAAGAAGGACAGCCUACUUUCACUCUACGAUUAUGCUCUGAGUUUUCAAGAGAUCCAAUCUCUCCUCACCUAUGAAGCCAGUGGAGUGGGUGUCGCAGCAGCCUUGUCCGAAGAUGACCAGCUGGUUGGGUUUGGUUCUCGACCCAAGAGCACUUGGAGGGAGGUCUGGGAUACCAGAGCCGAUGGUUAUGCGGCUUUCGUCAUGGGGCAGAGUUGCUUCCCAGGAACGCGCAUGCAUAAGCUGCUGCAGUACCUGCAGAAGAGGCAGCAGUCUGACACUGCUUCCACAUCAGCUGGGCAUGCCUCAAGGGUCCCAGCAAAACCCCUGAGUAAGUUAUUUCAGUCGCAUUUAUUUGAUUGUGGCAUAAUGGUUUUAAUUCACACUAAGCUGGGAAAACUAAUUCUUGUCUGUACCACAGUGAUGGACGAAGAUGAGGACCUCGAGAAGGCAAUGCUGAGCAUCUCCCCUGCAAAGCUGCAAGUGCAGAGCUUUGCUGUGCCGGUAGUGGCUGCCACACCAGUAGGAUCACCAGGAGCAAAGACAGUUCCAUCUGCGGCGCUGUCCACACCCCUUCCUGAUGCGACUGCUGAACUGCAGUCAUCACCAGUUGAUGCACCGGUGAAGAGGAAGACGCCUGUUCCCCUUCCUUCAGAGCUGGCGUUUUUUGCAGAGAAGACAUCAGGUCCCCCGGUAGGAGAGAGGCCUGAGUCAUGUCCAGGACCCGCCACAAGCACUGCUCGCACCUCUGCGAGUAAAGCGCUCACUUUUGAGGACCAGGGUGAACGUGUUCCCUUAGGUCAGCCACCUAUACCUGUUGUGCUAUCUGGGAAAGAGGACACAAGCAGCUGGAGCUGCUCUCAUCAGCAGAGGCAGUGGAUGAGGACAGAGCUCCAGGAUCUCGGGCUGUGGCCUGGGUCUCGUCAAGUGCGUAACGUAGGGAACGCAAUUUCUCUGUGGCGCCUUCCUCCACAGGCGGAGCUCAUUGAUGUGCUGACGGAGCUCCCAUCCCCCAACUUCUUCCAGCUCCAUCCAUUUUUCAUUUGGAAGCCCGAGAGUCACAUCAUGGUCAGGUUGAGGAGCAACUACAUCCUGCCAUGUCUUCAUGGCUGUCCUCAUCCACAGGUGGUCUCUGCUGGUGUGGGCAGGCCUCGGGUGAUUGUUGGGACCAGUGGACAAUAUUACAUCAUGUCCUCCCGACUCUGCUGCAAGGCCUGCCGCAAGACCUGGUUUGCAGACAGUCCACGAUGGCUCGAGAAGCUGCCCAGGCGCUUUACCAACCUUCUGCCUGCAUUCCUGACCUACAAGAAGGCCAUCUGCAAAUCUGUGAUGGAUGAGCUCAGGCGCACAGGCAAGUCACCUCAUGCACCUGAAGCCAUUGAGAAUGUCAGGGAUGCUGAGGCUGGCGUCUAUGGGCAGAAGACCAUCGGGCAGUUCCUGAGGAAGGACAGCACGGCGCCUCAUGCUUUUGGGGCCUACGAUGAUGCCAAUGGCUGGUGUGGAGUCUCCGUGUCAGGUUUUUAUCUGACAGACUGUUUGCUUGAGGAGUUCCGGCGACAAGCGCCAGCCAUCACCUCUCUACUCCAGGGCACCUUUGGGCAGGUCUUCAGAUCAGACCACACCAGGAAGGUUGCGAGGAAGGUCACGUUGGCAUCUGGGGUCAUGUCCAGUUAUGCCAUCAUGAAUGACACUGUAUGA